CAGUCGACUAAGCCUUGCCAUAAACUGAAUUUAUAUCUGUAUGUCGUCACAGCCAAAACAGACUUCGUUUUAGCAAUAAAACAGCAGCUGUUCCACAUGAAGUCGACUCGUGUGGAAAAAGUUUUUCAGACUUUCAUCAGCUUCGGACAACUUCAAGUUGUCGCAUUCACUGGUUCGCCGUCCGUCGACGAGGUCGCAACUGGAGUCUCGGUCGCGUGAUUGCGAAUUAUUGAGAACCACACUAAUAUAAAAGCAGUGAAAAUGCCAAUAAAUUGUGCAUUUUAUUUAUCGCGUGGCGCUGAAAUCUAUUACACUGGCGAGCAAAUUUCGGGUUCACUCACUGUGACAGUUGACGGCAAAAAACAUUUUCAAUUAGACGCCGUAAGUAUAACUCUCCACGGAGUCUCAUCGGUUCACUGGCGGGAAUCACUACAUGGUCCUCCGGAAAUCGAACAUAAUGACAGUACCGGAAUCUUGGAGAAUGCCAAAGUGGACUACAAGGGCACCAAGGUUCACAUUAGUCAAACAAAGAAGUUGACUAGUGGACUACGCCUACAACCUGGCAUUUUUCAAUUGGGUGACUUUAAGUUCCAGCUCCCUGAAAACUUGCCAGCUACUUGCAGUCUUCCCUUUGGCAAAGUGGAGUAUAUGCUAAAGGCUGUUUUUGAAAGGAGGGGAAAACAUAACAAAUGCUUUCAGCAGCGACUGGUGAUAAGAAAUAGUCUGGAGUUUAAUGAUCUUAAGCCCCAAAUUGCGGAGACCUCCAAUAUAAGUCUUUCACUGUCACGAAGUGUGUUUGUUCCCGGUCAAAAUGUAAGCUAUGAAACAAAUUCCAAGGAUGGAUCUUCCAAACUCUUAACCCGAUUGUGUAAAAAAAUCAGUUACACAUGUCAGAAACCCAGUGCAAAGACCAAAACCGUUGUACAAGUUUUAUCUGAGUCUUUAGACCUGAUAAAUCAGCUUCGCCUGCCCCUGACAGCCCCCAUUAUGAGCCAUCCAGAUCUGUUGGAGCCUAUACAAAUCAGCUAUUAUAUUGAGACACUUAACUACUUGGACCCUCCCCUAAGACUGCCUAUAUUUGUGGUUACUGCAGCACCACUCAUGUACUCCCCCAUGGAAUCUUCGCGACUUUGCUUUGUUAAUAUGGCCCUGAGUCAAAGCGAUCUAAUGAAGCCAAUUAAUCAGGAUCUGACCCACAACUGUUCCCUGGAAAUUGGCUCAUUGGCGCUGACCAAACAUUGUGAACGUAUCAAGUUGCUAAAAGGCCCGAGGAGAAAAAAGUCGUACGUGCAAUUAGCAUUACGAUACUUUUAUAAGAAAGUUGGACCCUGACACGUGCCGAGAUUGGAAUUUCAGUGUCAAGCUAUUGAUACUUUUAUAGUUCGAUGGAAAUAAACAUGAAAAAUGCGGUAAAGGAAACUUAAUAAACUGUGUUCAAAAGUGGCACAAUUAACUGCACAGAAACAAAUAAUGUUUAUUUUAAAAAUAACGAAUCAAAUGUUCUUUAUACUUGUAACUCUUUUGGUUC